AUGUCUGUCCCUUCGCUGCUGCGGCAGAGUGCCCUCACAUCCCGCACCGGCGUCUCUCAAGCCCUACGCCGACCGCAAUGGCAGUCCUUCUCCACGAUCCAAGAUGCCCCCCGGGCCGCCAUCCCAACGACAACCCCUCCCCCUCCUCCGACGCCGUCGAACACGGGAACGGCGCUGCAAGACGCGAUGAAUGCGUCGCGGCCGAGGAAUAACUGGACGAAAGAGGAGAUCUCGGAGAUAUACAAUACGCCGUUGAUGGAGUUGACUUAUGCUGCUGCUACGUUACAUCGCCGAUUCCACAACCCCGCCGCCAUACAACUCUGCACGCUCAUGAGCAUCAAAACCGGCGGAUGUUCCGAAGAUUGCUCCUACUGCGCACAAUCCUCACGAUACAGUACCGGCCUCAAAGCCAGCAAGCUCUCCCCCGUCGACGAGGUCCUCGCCGCCGCCAAGAUCGCCAAAGACAAUGGCUCCAACCGCUUCUGCAUGGGCGCCGCCUGGCGCGACAUGCGCGGUCGGAAGACGAACCUGAAGAACAUCGUGGCCAUGGUGAAAGGCGUACGGGGAAUGGGCAUGGAGGCGUGCGUCACAUUGGGGAUGAUCGACGCCGCUCAGGCGAAGGAGCUGAAAGACGCGGGGUUGACGGCAUAUAACCACAACGUCGAUACGAGUAGGGAGCACUACCCGAAUGUGAUCACCACGCGGUCCUACGACGAGCGUCUAGCGACGAUCGAGAACGUCCGCGACGCGGGCAUCCACGUGUGCACCGGGGGCAUACUCGGCCUCGGGGAGAAGCCAGAGGACCACGUCGGCCUGGUGCACACCGUGGGCACGAUGCGGGAGCACCCCGAGAGCUUCCCGGUGAACGCGCUGGUGCCGAUCAAGGGGACGCCGCUAGGCGAUUCCACGCCGAUCUCCUUCGAUGCCACGGUGCGGACCAUCGCGACCGCGCGGCUUGUGCUCCCGGCAACGAUCGUCCGCCUCGCGGCUGGGCGGAUCAACAUGACCGAGGAGAAGCAGAUGCUGUGCUUCAUGGCUGGCGCCAAUGCUAUCUUCACGGGGGAGAAGAUGCUGACGACCCCGUGCAGUGGAUGGGAUGAGGAUAAGGAGAUGUUUGGACGGUGGGGCUUACGGCCCAUGGAGGGUGAGGAGUUGAUCUCGUUCAAGGACGAGCGGGCCAGGGCUAUUUCGCUCGGGGCUACAGGUCUCAAGUAG